CAAUAAAUCAAAUGAAACAGCUGAACGAAUUACUUAGUGUUAUGAGUAAUAUUGGUGCUUUUAUUCGGGUGUGUACUUGUGUGUGUGUGUGUGUGUGUGUGUGUGUGUGUGUUCGUGAAUGAGUGUGUGGGUUGUGACUCAAUGUGUUCACAAUCGGUACUAAGAUGACGUUUUGUGUGACAGUUGUUUACUCUAGUUUUCAUAUAGAAGUGGCCAAAACUAUUUUUUGCUAAUGUUUCUUUGCGUUAACCAACAAUCUUACGACUGUACAUAGUGAAAAUAUCAACGCAUUGUCUAUUGUUUAGAUUUUUAAUUUAGUCACGAGAAAAUAUCCGCGUUUUAAUCAUGAAUUUUCACUAAUCGAGCAGCACUAUUUGGAACUAAAAUCUUGAAAUAUUUCACCGUUUCGUUGAGAGUGUAAAAAAUUCAACCAAAUAAUCGAUUUUAAUUGUCAUCGCAAAUAUAAACAACGAACACUGAUUAGAUACAGUGGCAGAUCAUUUGUUUGCUAUUUGAUUUUUUCGAUUGUAAGAAACUGGAACGAUGUCACGUAAAGUGACUAUUGUUAAUUAUUACGGCCCACAAAAUGAUUCACGUUGCGGUUAUUGCUCUAAUUCCAGCUCAAGCCAAUCACACGGUAUGUGGGCCCAUUGUAUGACAGCUGCUGAUUAUCAGGAUUUGAUUGACCGAGGGUGGCGACGAUCCGGUCAGUAUUGCUACAAACCCAAUAACGCAAUCACUUGUUGCCCCUGCUAUACCAUCAAAUGUGAUGCCAAAACAUUUCAAUUGUCGAAAUCGCACAAAAAAAAUCUCAAAAAGGUGAACAGCUAUCUGCGAACGGGUCAAAAAGGCGGCGGCGGCGGUGCCGACAAUCGAAGCAUUAAAAGUGAUGGCGACAAUGAUGUUCAAACUGAUCACAACACUGAUUGUGAUAUGAAAGUGGAUGGGGAAGAACAGAAGCCAACGGAAGCGACCGAAUCAAGUGCCUUAGCCGAAAGUAAAAUGAUAACCUCGAAUCAACCCAAAGUAUCGAUUGAUAUAGAUAAUGUGCUAGAUAUUAUUGAGAAGGCCGAAAAUGGUCCAAAAGUCGAAGCAACGACCAGCAGCAGUUCAGCCAAUACGGAUGGUGGAUCGGUACAAAAAAGUGAUACGGGAACGUGUAGCAAUAGAAAAUCGAGUAAUGAGUCAAAUAAGCGUGGUUUGGUGGCCGGACCGGAUCCGACCAAACCGCUACAACCGAAGGCGAAAUUGCUGCGACAACAACGCAAAGCCGAAAAACAACAGGCCAAAGCAAAUACCAUGGCGACGGAUACAAAUGUGGUGACGCCGUCGGUUUCGGAAAAAAUGCCGAAAAAUAUCCAAAAAGAUUUGAAAUCGUUGAUCGAUGAAAUACCUGCGGAUGGUGCACACAAAUUGAAGCUUAUUCUGGUCAAUGUCGAGAGCGACGAAUACAAACGCACCCAAAGCACUGAAUUUGCAUUGUAUACCAAAUAUCAGACACAAAUUCAUCACGAUCCACCAAAUGAUCUAAGCGAAUUCCUAGAUUUUCUAUGCAUUUCACCCAUUAAGCAUGAGACACCAGACGAUGGGCCAACAUGUGGAUAUGGUUCGUUUCACCAACAAUAUUGGCUCGACGACAAACUGAUUGCCGUUGGUGUCAUCGAUAUUCUACCGAAAUGCGUGAGCUCCGUUUAUUUCUUCUACGAUCCAGAGUAUAGUUUUUUAACGCUCGGAACCUACGGAACAUUGCGUGAAGUGCAGUUUGUGAGGGAAUUGAAUGAAUCGACAGCUGAGUUAAGCGAAUACUAUAUGGGAUUUUACAUACACAGUUGUCCGAAGAUGCGAUACAAGGGAAAAUUACAUCCGUCGUAUUUAUUAUGCCCGGAGACGUAUACGUGGCAUCUGAUCAAUGAUGAUAUACUCAAGUUAUUAGAUGAAUCGAAAUACUCGCGCUUUAAUUUGGAUCCGCAGGCCAGUGAUCUCAACGAAUUUAAUCCGGCCACUGAUUUGAAUCAUUUGCGAUUGCUUGUUGAUUACAAAUACUGUUUAACGUACAGAGACUAUAAGGAGUAUAAAGGAACUGAGGGAACGGACAGUGACGAAGAUGAUUUCGAUAACUUCAGUGAAUAUGGCAAGCUGGUGGGCAAGGUGCUAUCCCGUCGUUUGUAUUUGGUCACAUAAAACACUGAAUGGAUUCAAGCGCAUUUAAUGCUGCGCUCUCUCCCAGCAUUUUUUCAUAUAUUUUUGGUCUGUGCCAUUCACCAAUUGAAUGCACCAUUUACUGAUACAUCAACCGCAAUAUUUUGUUCAAAAAUACCUCUCAAUCUAUUUAUGAAAGAAAAAAAAACAUUUUUAAAAUCUUGUUAUGCUCUUAACUCAAUUACAACCAUGAUGCAUACAUUGUCCAGAAAACAGGAUAUUUUUCGAUUCAUAAACCAUGCAAAUGGCAAAAUAUAUAAACAAAAUAAAUCAAUAGUACAGAAGUAAAA